UGGGCGUGGUCGUUAGUAGUUCGGUUGCACUGGACGUUCCCCAUCAACUUUUGCUACUCGAUGAGCGUUUUGCAAAGCUAGUUAGCUAGCCACGUAAGAUACAUUUGAAGCAUUUUGUUGUGUAAUGGGGUGCAUAUAUGUAUUUUGGAAUCCAGUCGGGAAUUUGCAGUCGUCAAGAAAUCAGUAAAUUCCAGAAGUGACGAGGAGACUCCAUUUUCCCAGGCUGCUGGCCUGGCUAACCAGCGACACGGCAGAGUGGCAACUGGAUGCUGUGCUAGGCUAACUCUCCCUGCAGGGGAACCGCAGCUCCAGCAAGCCAGGAGCUUGUAAUAAAUAGUCAAACUGACGAUACUUUCGUUGACUACAAAAGACUCCCAGGUAUGUGUCAGCUGUUUUCUAGCACUGUGGGGGUGUCUUGUGUCGUGGGCUAGCCUGGUUUCGAUCAACGGGUUGUUGCAGCCAUCUACGUUAGCAUUAGCUGCAGAGCCCAGCUGAUAGCUCAGCUGAUAGCUCAGUUUAGAUGCUACACAAGCAGACGAGCUAAGCUAUAGUGCUACAACAGAAGCUAACGGGAACCAGGGCACAUUCCUCAGCCACACGUAACCUUAUCAUUUACUGCUUAUUGGAAGCAUGGGGGUAUUCAGCGCAGUUUAAGGCCUGUCUGCAUGACGGGGUUGUUAUUGUACUCAGAUAAGUGAUCAAGAAAUUGAUGUUAUACUGCUUUGAUGUCGGAGAAGAUUAGCUGGAAUGCACAACUGAUGAUUGUGGUUUGUUAUUGUUGUCAUAGCGGUACUUUGACCCUGUGAUUGCAGCAUGCUGAUGGUGGGAGGCAAUGGACGGAUGCACUAGAAUGAGUGUGAAGGAGCUGUGUGAGACCGAUGACCUGGCAACUGGUUUGGUGCUGGACCCUCUGUUGGGCUUCAGCACCCACAAAAUGAACAUAAGGUACUGAGGCAGUCUGUGCAAUGUCACCAAAUAACCACUGGAUCAUAACAGAACUCAUACGUUAUUGUAAACACAAUCAUACAGAUUUCUUAAGUAUUGCAGCACUCCUUCACUUUCUGCAAAUCAAUGUUUUCCAUAAUGUGUGUUUACAUGCUAUCACACCCACUCAUCUCUGUCAAGUCUCCAAUUAAACAUACAAACAAGUUUAGCUUUUGGGAGUCUAGUUUAUGCCAGUUUGUGCAAACAAAGUUUCCUGUGCAGUAUUUCCACAAACAAAUGUUGUAAGACACCAUUUCUGACCACUGAAUGUUCCUUUUCAAAUGGAAACAAUUUAUUAGAACUAUUACUUUUCCCAACCCCACCACUGAAGUAUAUUCUAUACUGUAUUAUACUAUGGUAUAUUGCUGCUUGUUCUUUUUGCUGCAAAUGCUUAAUUAGGUGUUGAAACAGAUGUCAUGCAGCUUUUUAUAGGUGAUAAAACAUAUUUGAUUUUAAAUAUUAAAUACAUACCUCUAACCUUAUGUAUCUUUCCUUAGCACAUAGAUGUAUACAUCCACACACUUUUUUAACUCCCUGUCAUGCUGGUAUUCUUGAGUGACAUUCUUGUCCCUUCACUCCUUUGCAGUCCCCCACCAGAGAUUCGGCGAUGGGGUAACCUCAAAGAGACUCUAUUGCGCUUUCAGCGUACCCAUGACUUCAAUGCCACGUUUGAGGCGUUGACAGUAGGUGAACUGGCUGGUGACUACUUCAAUGCCUUGGGAAGUCAUCGACAGGAGCUGCUGAGGCAACAUGUAAGCUGGUGUUUUACCUCCAGAAUAGUCAAGAUGUUAAAUUGUGUCGCAUAGUUAAUGCAUAAUCAUUCACCCCCCCCCCCCUUUAUUUUUGUAGCAAAACAAAUCUGUAAAAAUAUUUUUAUUAUGACCCUUUUGCUUUUGCAUUUAGUACAUAUGAAGUAAUUGUGGUUGAUGAAUGUGUGACUGGAAAGUUAAGGUAGCAUCUAACUUAUCUCUGCUGUCUGUAGGUGUACCGCUACCUUAGUGCUUUUCUGUUGGAUAGUGGCAUCAAGAUUGAGUCGUGUGACCGAUACUCCUCUGAGACAAAUGGAGCAAAGAUAACCUCCACAAGGCACUGGUAAUCAUCCACAUUCCCAACAGCUUUUUUAUCAAAGCAACAUGCAUCUGAACCAAAAGUGCCGAAUUUUCUGGGUUGUGUUUUCUUUUUCUUUGGAAGUAAACUUUGUGCUGCUUAAAUUCUUUCUCUAUAGGUUUAUCGGUGAGCGGGUGGAGGUCCUGCUUGGUUGCAUAGCGGAGCUGAGCCCCACUGACAGCGCCGUGCUGAGGGCAGGAGUCAAUGACUUCAGUGUGAUGUAUUCCACGCGAAAGCGCUGUGCCCAGCUCUGGCUCGGGCCUGCAGCCUUCAUUAACCAUGGUGGGUUUGUUUGCAUUCAUGACUCAUUCUUUCCCAGCUCGCACACACACUCGCACACACACACUCAUGUACCAAAUUGAAAUCCUUAUAGCUGUUAUAGGCUGUCACCUUCGCCUGGCACAAAAGUUUUUAGUGGCACAGUCUGAGGUCCAGUUUUCCACACCACAUAACAUUCACAACAUAAAAAUGGAGGAAGCUAUCACUCUCACACUGACUGACAGAUCUUUUAUUAUUCUUAGUCACACUAUACAACAAUUAAGUCUUAGUCACUUUUUUGUAAUGUUUUAUAACUGACACACACAAGCUGAAAGAUCCCUGUGUGUGUGUGUGUGUGUGUGUGUGUGUGUGUGUGUGUUUUGUACUUUUCUCUUCUCAAAGAGGGAGGGAAAAUUUAAAUGGAACACCUGUCAAUAUUACACAUUCCAGUAAACAACCAAGUCCCACCACAGCUUCAGUUACCAAUUCACAGAACAGCUUUCUGAUCAUGUCUUCCAUUAGCAUGAUGCCUAAUAUCUACUUUAUGAGCGUCCCUUAACAUAAAUAAUUAUGCACAUAAUUUCAUAUCAUACAGUUUUGACCUGGGAAACUGUGAACACUAUUAGCAACGUGUGUGUUUGUUAAAUUGAGACAAAGUGAUUACUCACUAUUUAGUCCUUAAAGUUUGAAUAUCACUCCACAUGAAUAAAAAAAAGAGUCCAGUUUUAGAUUAAUCAGGAACAAAUGUGCACCAAAAAGUUAAUGUACAGCUACUCAAGUGUGACAGUGUAUGAUAACAACUAAACCUGAAUCUAAUAUAACUAGAAAAAUGCUGUAAAUCAUCUUAUUAAAUGAUGUAAAAAACAGGGUUAUUACUCGUUUUAACACAUAUUGGACUAGGUUUAACGUCUACAUAUGGGAAUAACUUAGAUCAAACAUAACAGAACAUUUUAGUCAUUCUGCUCAGGCUGUGGAAUAUUUUACUAUCAAUGAAAAUUUAUGAACAAGGUGUGUAGUGAUGAUUUUGUAAAUUGUUUUUUUUUACACUUCCCUUCAGCUACAUCUCUGCAAAGUGUGUGAUUGUUUUUUUUUUUUUUGAAGUAGUAAUUUUAUUACUCAACCAAGUUGUCAGUCUCACAGAUAAGCAGCUUGCUUCACAGUGUUUAAUGAGAUGUAAUGUGUACAAAAGAUCCAGUGAGAUUCUGCUUAAUUCCUUGGUCCACUCAGAGGCCAGUUUCUGACAAGAUCUCCUAAUAGUGUUUGAGAGUUAAUCAGCUUAGCCUGUGAGUCUUUUGCUCAAUGAAUGAAUUCAUCACAAACCAGCUGAUCAACAAAACAUGAAGUCAUUUAUUCAUGACUCUGACUGAAUACUUUUUAAUAGCUUCAAAUCUUUUUUGUGUUUUUCUCCCAUCGUUUCUCCUUCUGGGCUGAAGACUGCAAACCAAACUGCAAGGUAAUCGGCUCUUUUUACUUAUCUUUGCUCUCAACUGAUAAGAAAAAAUCAGGGGAUAUACUUCCUACUUUAAAAUGAAUGCACCUUAUUUGCUUUAUCUUGUCAUUAGCUUUUAACUCUUCCCCUGCUCUGUGUCACUUUGUCCCAUGGGUCUACCCUUUUGUCUUUGUCUUACACUGUUUUUUUCCUUUUCACCCGCCCAGUUCCUCCCUAGUGAGAAGAACAUUGCGUGUGUUGAAGUGAUUCGACCCAUAUCACCUGGGGAGGAGAUCACAUGUUACUAUGGUGCCAGCUUUUUUGGAGAAGGCAACGAAAUGUGUGAAUGCUGCACCUGUGAGAGGUGUGUCCAUCAUCUGAUCAGACAUUGUCUUUAUGAUGACUUCUUUUACCUCUUUUUGAGUGAAUAUGAAGUACGAUAGGUAGACCCUUUUUAACAGGAAUUUUAAUUUGAAAUGUAAAUUCCUCUUUAGGAACGGGGAAGGUCAUUUCAAACAUCGGGGGAAACAGCCUGAUUGUGAAGAAACAAAGGAUCCUGUAGGCCAGAAGUACCGCCUGAGGGAGAGGUAUCUCCGUCAUCACAGAGAGAAGGGCCACUUUCCUUCGAGGCCGACGAUACCAGGGCUGCACUCGGGUAUCUUUAAAGGUAACUGCUCUAUGACUUGGCCUUCAAUCCUAUUCUUUAAAUCUUAUCUCAUGCAAACAUACAUUGUACUUGAUUGCCUUCCUUUAAGUCCCCCAAAUUAUAGAACAAUUUAAUAGCAGUUAUGUCAACAUUAACAGCUUGUAAUACUAAAUGCUUGGCAGUCUGCUCUGUAGUUGUUAAAUGCACCGUUAAAUUGAAGCCUUAGGACAACCGGUAUGGCUCAUUUGUUAAUUUGUACAAACUGUGCUGCGAUAAAGGUUUCAAAAUGGCAAUGCAUCAGAAUUAAGAUCACAAAAAAAUGUUUGCAAAAACCUAGUACAGAGGUCGGCUUUGACUUUCCCACUGUACUACCCCACAUACACUGUGACAUUUUUAAAACCUUGGCUUCUCUGAUUUUAGCUGAAAAGAUUUCAAUGCCUUGAUGAAUCAAUCAAAGCAAAAAGGACUUUUAUGACGGAGUUCGAGAGCUGUAUAUAUUCUUGAAAACCCACAUCUCUGCUUUGUCAGAGCUAAAAUAUAAUCAGGCUCAAGCAGUCAGUCAGCUCUUUAUGACCAAUUUGUCUCACUCUCUGGAAACAGAUGGCAUUGUUGAAUGGCUCUGUAAUUACUGUGAAUACAGUCAUUAAAGUAAGAGUUUGAAACAUGAUCUACAGCAACAUUAGGCCUGUUUCAGGAAGUAGAUUGUGGUUCUUCUCGCUGACAUAAGCUUUAAAAACUGCAUAGAGCCAAAAGUUGAUGUAUUCGUUGAUUGUGAAAUUGUUAAAGCGCCUGUUUUUUGUUGCCUUGUGGAAAUGUGUAUUAAUGUGACAACAGUAGGGAUUUUGGAUGCAUGAUAAAUCAUAUAAUGCUGUCUUCUUUUGUAAGAAAUUAGGAACUACAGAUUGUAAAACCCACAGGACACAUUGACUAAAAAGAAUUUGAUACUUUAAAUUUUUGUUUUUGACACGUCAAAUGGUGUCAAGUCUGGAAAAUUAGUCUUUUGCUGAUAUUCAAGGUCAGAACUGUCCUGAAUUAAAGACUUUUCCUGAAUUUUCUUCCAAGCAGAAUCCAGAAUUUCAUCCACAGGGUUGUUCAUGUAAAACCCAAAUCCCUGCAUGGAUUUAAUGUCUUGCUUGUGUUUUUUGUUUUUGCAUUGUAUACAAAUUCCACUAUGAUUGAGAACUGGAUAAAGUGUUAGUUUGAGCCUAACUUUGUCACAUUGGAUGGGCCAAUGCUGUUUGUCAUUUGACCCGUUGUUGCUAAGGCCAGUAGAGCUGAUGGGCAUUAGUAAUUUUGUCAUUGUCAAAAAGGACUUUUCAGAAUUGUUGACAAAUUUUGCAAAAUGCGCAACGGAUACAAAAUAAUGGAAGCCAUUAUUAAUCAGUCAGUGAAGUGGUCAGGUGAAUGUUAUUGAGAGCUGAUGUUUGACAGUAUGUUUAUCAUACUACGGUUCAUUUUAAAAGUGAUCAUGAGAGAAUCUGAAAAGCAUAAUUUCUAUCUGAUUUCUAUCUGGACUAAAAACUGUCUUUAUCUUAAGCAGCUCUGUUUCUGUGUUUUUCUUUCUUUCUUACUUAGCCAUCCCCUCCAGGAAUUCCUUCACCCAGCAGAUGAGGAGGAACGCCUUGAAGAACAAAAAAUUAAAUCAAACAAAAAAGUGGAGACGAGAGAAGCACAGACGAUCAGGCAAACAUCCGCUGAAAUCCUCCACUUUUAAACAGCGUUGGGCGGCUCCGCUUUUGUCCCAAGUUACUUUGAAGGAUCUCAGUAUCAGAGUGCGGCGCCACUCAGUGGAGUUCUUACUCAGUUGUAAGGAUCCAAAAAGCAAAGAGAGAGCCUUGCUUCAGCAGCUGGAGGAAGUGAAGUCAAAUAGUAAUAGUGAGGUAAACUUGAAGCCUUUUACACUUAAUUCAUCCAUGUCAGCCCAUCAGAAAAGCAGACCUGCGGUGAAUGGCCCAGGUCUUAAUGGGAAGUCUGUCACAGUGGUGGAUAGGCAGGCUUCUUACCAGAGGACCUCUUUAAGAAAAAGAAACAUGGUUCAGUCCACGCCAACACAUCAAACGGGGAGCAGUAACACAGGCAACAAUACAACUGUUUGUCAGACUGAGGGAAUGAACAAAAGCGGCAGUGCAAUAAAACAAGAGACAGAAAAAGCAAUCACAGAAAGUCAAAGCAACAAGAGCAACGAGUGCGGCGUUACCGACACUGCUGCUGAGCUAACAGAGCACAGGACCAUCAGAGCGCCAUCCCUGUUAGAAGUUAGUCAGAACACCACAGACAGACCGGAGAAAGUUAGAGACAAUCCACUAAUAUCACUGAAGCAAUACCUUACAGUCAGUGUGACAAGGUUGUCAUUACCACCGAGUUUAGAUGCACAAAAUACUCUUUCAGUCAGGACAGACCAAGUGGAGUUGAGAGGAAAGAGCAGCCAGCGACACAGACCAGCCCCUCUAUCAGUGCAGACAAAGGGGAGAGGGUCCAGGUCUCAGCAGAGGCAGCGAGAAAACUCUGGGAUUUGUUCAACUGAGGGCAACAGAGGGGUAAGAGAGAUGUUUUUUAAGUCAGGUGAUAAAGUUAAUUUAAGGAAGCGAAAUGCAAGUGAAUCUGUUUGUGAUCUAUCCCGCAGCCAGAAAGAAGAGACAGAUAAUGUGAUCGAGAUACAGACUGUGUCAGAGGUAAAGGAUGUGAUGCAAACAGAACAGCAGGAAAUGGUGAAAAACCAAACUGAUGGGCAGGAAGAGAAGAUAAAAGAAUCUGUGAAGCCUCUGGGAAAGGUAAAAGAGUCAGAGUGUAAAAUAGUGCACAAUGAAAAAUCGGGGGGACAAAAUAAUGUAGAAUGUGUCCGAAUUACAGCUGAGGAGGGACUGCUUCAUCUGUCUGAACAGAUGGCUAGGUGUGUGAGUAAACAGCCACAGUACAGGCACAGACAAGAUGUAGUUCUAAAGCCUGCCAAGGUUUUACUGUCUGAUAUUUUAAGAAAAAAUGAAUCUUUUCUAGGUAAGAGGUUACAUGGAGAUAUUGUAGAGAGUGUUUUUUUAACCUCAACCUGUAAAGCAGCGCUAAAUGCUGAGGAGGAAAAGGCAACUGGCAGGAAUGGAGGCAGGUACCAGACUUCAGCACAGAGGAGGAUCAGGAGACGUCGAAGGAUGAGGCCUAGAACAGUGAAAAAAGUAGAAAGUAAAGGCAUCAAGGGACACUUGAGCAAAGAGGUUUCAGCCACAGUAAAGACUGAACUGAAUGAGGAAACUUUGUCCCUUCAGUCACCACAGAGACACAAAAACCCGCUGGCCAUCUGCCUAGAAGCACUACCUCACAAGUCAUUAUUAUCAGCAAAAGCCGUGACUAAUUUGUACUCAGACACCAAUCCACAGGCACACACCCAGUCCAACAUACCUCUGAAAAAACGAACAUUUCGCAGCUCUGUGGAGCCCGACUCUGAACAAGGUUUGAAUCCUGCCACAGAUAAAGCUUCCAAAGAAGUGGCAGAGUUGAAUUCAUCUGCAGAGCUGAGUCAGGAUGUUUGCACGACCUCAGAGGACAGAGGCAAACUGAAGAAACUUUUUAAACGCAGAAUAAGAAAGACUGAAAUCCAGAAGUUAACCCCAAAAAGGAUCACAACCUUUAACAGGGUACUUCGCUCUCGUGCUAAUAAUGUCCAACGAAGCCAUUUAUUAAGGAGAGCUCGGAGGUGUAAAUUAGAGAGGCAAGAUGAGGUCAGCAUUGACAUGGCUCAGACACCAGAGAGAGAUGAGCUCUUAGAAAGCAAACAAACCAAGACUCCAGCUAAAAUCCUGAGGCAGUGCAGGAAAACCACAAAUAAAUCCCAAAUAAAGGAGGAGCUGGAAAAGUUUCCUCAGCAAAGUGGUCUGGAGGAGACGAAGCCAGGCCUCAAUUUUAAGAUUCGAUUUAAGAGGAGGAAAGGAAGAGUAUGGGAAAUGCAGGGCGCAGGAUUUGAUAAUCUGGCCUUAAAAACAGAGACGGGAGAUGAGCUGGUGACAUGUGAUCCCUUUAAAGCCAUCAUGGAUUCAGUGUCGAUCUUAAACAUGGAGAUGGAAGCAGCUCAGGCUCAUGUGCAGGCUAGUAAAAAGUCCAAGAGCAGAUUACAUCGUUUGAAGAGGAGAGGGGAGAGGCGUAGUGAAAGGACAACAGUGACGGCCUCUUCAGACGCAAAGCCAGAUAAAGAUCUUGACAAAACUGUACGUGGGCCCACUGAAAUGUCUAAUGAUGAUGAAAUAAUUAAAGGCAAGCUUGAUGGGGAACUUCAGAAUGGAGUCAAGCUCCUGACAGAAAAAAAUAGAAGUCCUCAAAGUGAUGGGAUCGUAUUGCCAGCUGCAGGACAAGCAACAAAAAUUGAAGAUCGUUAUGUAAAGAAUUGCUGCUUGUUUGAAAUGGGGUCACAGCAGAAGCUGCCGUCUGAACUGGACUCAAAUGGUCUUCCUUUACCGGUGCUCAGAUUACGCAGAAAGGCAGAGGAUAUUUGGGAAGUGGAGAGCAAAGAAGAGCUGAGACAAACUCAACUCAAAGAAGAGCCUGCUGUGAAGAGAGAAUUAACAGGUCAUAUUUUAGGCAGACAAAAGAAAGGAUGUGUCGAUUUCAGCAAGUUGAAAGAAGAGUGCCCGUCUUUGCAGAGACUGAACAGCAACUCAGCACUCCUAAAAACAGAGCCCCCUCCAUUUUCCUUAUCUCUUUCACCGUUGUCUCUGUCUUCCCCACUUAAUGAAAAUAAGGCUGAAGUUAGAUCCUCAGCCGCAAACACAGUCAUUGACAGGCCAGAGUUGAACAGCGGGGGAAGGAAACAGAGGUAUAAAAUGGAGAGAGUGCACAAGUGUGGGCCUGUAGAAACACCCACCCCCUGUCUUAGUCACACUCUCCAACAAAUUGACAACAGUCUCUCUCGACUCUCUGAAGGCUUGUGUUCAUCUCAGACUCUGGAAAGGCCAACAGCCUCUUCCAAUACUUCCAGCUCAGUCAUCCAGCCCCCAGCCUCCCAGUCUCCUCCAUUCACAACUGCAGAUAGCAUGCUCUCCAGCGAGCCCAGCUUCUCCAACUGCUGUGAUGAUAUUCUAGACUUUCAGUGUCUGAACUUUGAGGGGUAUUAUCAGCCACAGAAUAUUCUUCCAUCCUCCCCAUCUGAUCUGUGCUCACUGGAUCCACCAACAGAUCCUUUCAGCAGUCCUCUUUCUCACAGCCCCUCUGAUACAUGGACCACUGAGACGCCAUACCUUGGCCCUCCCAGCCCAGGAAAUAACUUUACUAGUGAGGAUCUGCAGUUUUUUCCCGGUCUGAUUUCUUCCAAGGGUGACUCAGUUUCUCUAGAAUGUGAAGCGAAGGAUACCUCAAGAGACAGAAUCCAGCCCAACCCUGGUUUCAGUUUUUCAGCUCCUGGCAAUGCCGACAUGAUUGCCAAAGAAAGAAUUGUAAGUAAAAAUCUGGGAACGAGACCAUCAAGGGACGACCUGAGAAAUCAGGCUGUUUCUGUUGUCAACAAGCCUCGAUUUUUUGGCGCGACAUCAUCCUCUGUUACAUCCCAAAGUCCUGUUACAAUAACCCAAACUCCCAUCAACUUCAAAGCUGGCACCAGUCAACCCAAAGCCCAGUCUCACCUCAGAGCCCAGGGACCCUUCCACCGUAUGUCCAUUCCAAAUAAAUCCCAGACUUUCCCGAGCAGUCAGCCGAACACAGUCAGAGGAACCCCCCAGGCUUGCACAACAAAAUCCGUCCCUUCAUCCCAAGUGCCCAACAAAUUCCUGUCUCCUCAACUUUUCACUGUGAAAACUCCCAACCCCUCUGAUAACCUAUUUAAGCACGAGAAAACCUCGUCAGUCAUUCACCGGGUACUUAAGUUCCAGGGAGGGGACCAGAUUCAGAACCUGUACAGUGCACCUUGUAAAGACGCUAUGGCAACUGCUGGCAGCUCCAAUGUUUCAUCCAGAACAGUCAAUGCAAAACCAGGUGCUUUUGAGAGGAUCCACCAGAGUCACAAACCAGGUGUUGGUGCAGAUAGUUACCAAAAAGGCAAUGUGUCUCUUCAAGGGUUUGGAAAAGAUGUCCAACUCACAUCCUCCAGCAACCCCAGCAGGCCCAAUAUUCAUUUCAACAAACCCAACGCCUCUUUUCCUCAGUCUUUUAGCAAAAACAAGACAACGCCUGAAAAACACGAAAGUGUUGAGACAAACAUGAUGUACAAAAACCUCUCAUCACUGCCCAGACCUUUCUUUUUUCCCAGCAAAACACCAGAGAGUUACUCUUCAAUACAAGACAAGAGUCUAAAACAUGACAAGUCCACUAUGUCAGCCUCAGAGAAGCACCAGCCUUGUUACACCCAGCAGGACCCUUUCGACUUUAGCUUUGGCUCAUCUCUUUCACCCAUGUCUCAGCACAACAGCCCCCAAGUAGUUCACUCUACACCUCCCAGUACACCAGCACCAGGAGUCAAGAGUCAGUCCUCCACCUCCUCAGCCUCCUUCCCUUAUGGUUACCAAGGUCCUCCUUACGUGUUGAACUUUAGCGGAGACCAUUCAUUGACCCUCGGUCUCAGAGAUGGGGCUGAGGGUUAUCAAGGCUCAACAAACUACACCUACCAUUGCCUGAUGGAGCCUUCAGGCACCCAAGGGCGUCUGGUUCUUGAACCCUGCGGGCCCCAGCUCUCCAACCCAGCUUCCUUUUCUUUGGGAGGCUUUUCAGGGCUCAAGGGUCAGGACGAACACUGCAGGAAGGACAUGCAGCAACAGUGCCAGCCAGGGGAACACCAAGGCGCACCACACUAUGGACCUGUUACAUCAUCUCACUCUAUGGGUGCCACAAAACCCAAGAGGGUGAGGCUAGUGGUGACAGACGGCACAGUGGACUUAGAUCUCCAGUACUCGGAUUAAUUUAUACACAUCGCAGUCACUGGAGAAUAUUUGGAUGUUGUAAAACAAUAUUUUGUAAAAACUGUAAUUUAUAGUCUACCAGUUAUUAAUGAAAGUCCGCUGACUGACACUUUUCUAGAUGACUCUUUUUUGAUGGACUGUUAAUGAAUUGUACAGGGUUUUAACAGCAACAGGCUUAUCAGCUUGUUUUAACUACUGUAUGAUUUUUUUAUCAAAAAUGAGCUCUCCACUUCAAUUUGCUGACAAUACCAAAUUUUAAUCAGAAAAUUAACUACAAGGCAUUAAUACAAAUGUGACAAGGACUUUGACUCAAACAUUGAAAGCCCUCCUCAUGUACUGUAACAUAGCUGUAUGAUUUUUUUCUAUAACAUGUAUUGAAGUAGAGACAGCAGCACCUUCACUGGUUGCUGGUACUUGUAUGAGUUGGUUUUAAAAAGGCAGCUUUGUGCCACAGUCUUUGAUAUGUUCUUGUGACUUUUUGAAGCACCUGUUGACACAGUUCACCCUGGUUUCUAAACUCAAUAAGCUUUUGUUUUUUUUUUCCUCACUUGUUUGUGUGCAAGUGUCUGCAUGCAUUUUGGCAGGCAGGUGUUUAAGGGAUCAAAGUAAGGUGUGUUGUUGUACCUAAUUGUGAGUGUUGCUCUGCCAAAUUUCUAGUAAGGUCAUUAGUCAGUAGUGCAUUAAUGAACGGUUUGUGCAUGUACAGUGUACAGUAAGAUGAUUCCCUGACAUGAAAAAAAAAUAUAUAUAUAUUUAGGACAACUCUCCUAAAUGAAGAUCUGUCACAUAAUCCUGCAGCUCCAAACAGCUGUUCAGCUAUGGAUGAGUGAGUUGGAGAGACGACGGGAGGUUAUUUCAGGCCAUUUGUCCUUGAUGAAUUGAGGGACGGUACCGCAUGAAUUCUUUGUAUGAGAAUUCACUCAAUUGGAAGUUAAAGAAAAAGAUUUAAAUGUUACAUUGAGUAAAGUGACAAUCUUCACAGAGUGGCUCACUUUUGUCAUUCAUAUGGGUUUGUGUUUCAUAGAUUAUACAGAAAGAACAGUAGGAUAAGUUGUUCACAUCCAAUUGAUACUGUUUGUUAUGUUGUUGCUGAUGGAGCUACACGUUUAUAGGUGUUUGUAUUGUAAGCAGAGUUACUUGCUGUCGAUUGAGGAAGUCACACGAGCAUUCCCCUCAUGUCACAAUGUACUAUGUGUUAAACCCAUUUGACAUCCCUGGGCAGGGGUGUUCGAUGUGACUGCACAGCCUUACAUUACUAUCAUUAUAUUAUACUGUCAUGAUAUGAAAAGGCCAAUUAUUUAUUUAAUAUCCUCAUCCUUGAAAUGGUGCUUUAUUGUAAUUUAUAUUUCACAUUGAUUGUUCAAAUGAUGAAAUGUUUUUUUUAUUAUUAUUUAAUGGAACAAAGUACUGAAGUGAAUAUUUACAUCAAGUAUUUAAUUUCAAAGAAUUUGACAUCUUAUUCAGUUUUUCAGUUGUGAAAGGUUAAACUUUGUCCGUCUCUUUUCUAAUUGGCAGUUAGUCUUACUGAAAAUCUUCUGUAGAAAUGUAUAAAUGUAGCCUAUAUAUCAUUAAAGACACUUAAUUCCUUUUUCAUAUUUUCUGUCUUUGACUUUUUUGUGUUUACACUUCAAUUUUAAAGGUGCAGCAUGAUUUGGUUGAGGAUCAAUAUGAUCUUUUUUAUUUUCAGAACUAUUGGCAAUUUUGAUUGAUGGUCAUUGCACAUUAUGUCAUCACAAUUUCAGUCAAACUAUAAUAUCAUUAUAGUUAUGCUUCAUCAUAUUGUUUUGAUCAUUUGUAACCUUAAAACAAAAUCAUUGUCUUCAAAUAAUUCAAUUUGUCUAAAAAAAUUCUAAAAUACCACAGAUAACUUAUUAUCUGAAUUUACUAAAGAAAAAAAGUUUAAAUAUAAACAGUCAUCAAAUAGUUGCUGAUCAUUUUCAAAAUUUAUUGUCUCAUGACUUAUAAAUAAAUUAUAUUUAUGUCUACAGAAAUAGAUCCGUAGAGGUCCAACUACUAUUUAAAGUUUACAGUAAGUUAUUUUUAUGAGCUGAAGUUUAGAUGAUAUUGUUUACUGCCAGUUUAGAUGACUACAUUUUUCUGUUUAGCUUUACAUUUGCAUCAGUUAUUUGCAUUCAAAGCUUAAGGAGAAGAUACAUCCUCUUGGUUUAGUGCUCAGACUUCACUUCAUCCUCUCUACCUGUGCUUUCAUCCUACCCAAGCCAGUGUUUGUGUUUUUCCCCUCUUCCCUUCAAUCCUCUCCCUUUCUAAAGCUUAUGACCCACUUCUGCCUUUCAUUCUUGCUCUCAGUUGCAGCAAAGCAGUUAAUUCUGAUGCCAAGUAUAACAGUAUUUUCAUAAUGAGGACGGAAAGAGAAGGAGGGAUUAUCAUCCGUUAUAGUAGAGAGGGCGAGGGUGUCUUGGAGUUGGUACAAUUAAAGAGACAGAAGAAACAGGAAAAAAUAGGCUAAAAACUGUGAUAAAUAUUCAUAAGUAAACCCGGCCUUCUGUGCUAUCAGAGGAGUACACAGGUUAUGUGCUAAGCUAAGGUUUAUGCACAUUAAUUUCAUAUUGUUCCAGUUUGUUUAAAUUUCCUGAAAAAAUUAUAUUCUAUCUUAUUUACUAGAGUGGGGAGCAUAGUGACAGUUCUUAGAAGUACAGCGAGAUAAACAAAUCAGAGUUAUAGACUAAAACAGAGUUAUAGUCACAUUAAACUCUCCUGUGACAGAAAACUAUCAUACUUGCACUCAAUUGUUUCUCCUGAUGAUUUGAUACAUGGUCAGCAUUGAACUGCUGGCUGGUCUUAGUGCUUCCUAAAACAGUUAUUAAGGUCAGAAAAUUCAUGAAACUGAUUCAUCUAUUAUUUUUCAUUAUAUUAAGAACUAUAAUUUCUUAAUUCUGGCAUCUAGUCGCCUAAGUCACACAUCUGAGCAGGAGUUUCCAUUUUAACCAUCUAGAUUUUGUUCUGCUGUUUGAAGCCUGAAGGUUUGGUUUUUUUACAUGUGCCAUGUUAAUUUUUAGUUAGACGUGACUGUACGAGGUGAUUAAACAUUAUAGGAACCUGAGUUUAUCAUCAUCUAUAUGAUAAGAGUUACUCAGUCUGCACUGAAGGAACAUGUAUUUAUUAAAUAAGUUGUCAAUUACGAAUGCUCACUGGCCAGGUGAGGUGGUUGCAGGUGUACUUACGUAGCAAUGAAAUGCUACAAAUGACCAAUAACACUGGGGUACAAACUCUUUCUGCUACGGUCAUACAAUAAACCUGAAAACCAUUAACCGCAGACACAGGUGGAGAUUUGCUAUUUCACAAGGUGGUCUAGUUAGGGGAGCUUGCAUGGGCGACACCAGCAGGAGGCUAGCAGCACCCACCUGUCACUCAAAUCUUCCACGAAUCUUAUUUACUUUGAGACUUUGUGUAAGUCAAUGGGAAAAAUGUAAAUAAUUUCAUUUUGUGUAACGUUUUGCUCAGUUUUUGCCACAUCUGAACCCCCCUCUCUUUGGUAAAAUGGUUUGGUCCUGCCUUCAAACAGUCGUGAAUGUUCAGCUACAUAAUAUGCAGUUGAUUGACACUAUUGAUGAAACCCAAUAAUACAAGUCAGACAGGAGAGAAAAAGACAAAUAACACGGUCUUCAAGCGGUAAGGUUGAUGCACUCAGAGAGGUGGACAUAAACCUACAGGUUAUCGCUGUAUUUUAGACGACCUUUGUACUGAAACAAGCCAACUUCUUUGGUUCACUUUUUUCGGUACAUCAUCCCUUGAGGUCCAGACCUAACAAGCAGCUUUAGGCUCAGGUGCUUCUUUUUCCUCACCCUAAUGCUCCCACCACCAAAAAACGGCCUUCCCCCAAGCUAAAGGAGGUGAGCAGACUACAUCUCUCAGACUUGACGAAGUUAUCUGUCAUAUUAAAUACAACAAAACUUAAAAUCACUGCUUUCAGUGAGAACAAUUUUAACUUUUUAAUGUUUUUCCACAUAAGGACCAUUACAUGAAACUAACAGCCUUGAUCUAAAUUGGAUGCUGGAAGUUUGAAUCAUUUGAUGACUCACUCUGUACCAAAGUGACAGCCACACACACCACCUACAUAGGGUAUCAGUUUUUCAUCAAAUAGUAAAUUCAACUGAAGGCACACUGUUGCCUGUGUUCUUUGUUGUGCUGUAUUUUCACUGCUCACUGCUGUUAAGACAGGAAAUAUUUGGCCACAAACAAGUAAAGCCUUGUGUAAAAUCCUGAAUGGGUUGUGUGCUGUAAGACUAGGUUGAUGUGGCAUGUGGUGGACUUAUCUGACCAUAGGACAGAUAGGGCUGAUGGUUCCACCUUUAAAGAAAUGUGUUAGUGAGCUUUUUCAGUCUCAAAAGCUGAAAAAUCACAAGCCUAAGUGUUAGAAUUAAGAUUUUGAUAUACUUGUCUUUGUAUAAAUAAUCUGACACUCUGUGAAGACAUGGCAUGUUUUCAGCAAUCUUUCAGCAAUCUGCUGUAAUGCAAAGUUAACUAUCACUCUUGAAUGGAGAUGUAAAAGCUUUUCACGUUGAGUUUCUUGCUCCUUGAACUGCUCUGAAACCAUUGUAGUCUGCUAGAUUUCAUAUACUCAAUUUUUCAUCUGGACUUAAUCUAGUCCUUGUUUUACAGUCAUGUACAUCACUUUUCCAUUAAACCCCAACUGCAUUUUGCCGCAUGAUUUCAUGUUCAGGACCCAGAGAAUAUUCUGACAUAGAAUAUAAGCGUAGCAUGGUGGUGGCAGCCUUGUGAAAUGGCUGUUGUGUUUCUGUUUGAAUUUGCUUUCCUGCCCUGGAAGUCCCAUCAGCAGCAACAUUAGCAGUCACUGCUCUCCAGGUGUCAGAGCAGUGAAACACAAAAGGUCCAAAACACUCAGCAACAGAGGAGAAAAUACCAAUAGAGGCAAGCUUUGGAGAGGUGUAUGGGCAUUGCAUAUUGUUUUCCAGGUGAUAAGUGGCAGAGGCUACAGAUGACUGGCUAUCGGCUGAGGUGUCAGUGCAUUGGUGUAAACUGUGACUGUAACAGAAACCUUUGUGUCUGACAAAUCUGUCAGCUGCACAAGCAGAGACAUUGCUCUUAUAAUUAUUACCAAGGCUAUCUUCCUUGAUUGAGAGUAACUGUGUGCUGUGAAUGUGACUUCCUUGGUCAUGUGUGUGGUUUUGAUUAAGUACAACAAUCCCUUUCUGCUUAAUGCAACUGCUUGCUUACAUGCUUCCAAUUAAUACUGUUGUUCCAGUUUGAGCCUGAUGAAGUAUAUCUCUUCAGCACACCCUGCAAUACAUGGAGCUUAAUCAGUCAAAGCAGCAGUGCUGGCAGAUACACGCUGCCUAAUCAAUGCGAACCUCAUUUUAAGAACCCAAUAGAUCAGAUGGCGUAAUAGUUUUCAUACCGCUUGUAUGAGAGAGUUACCUCCGCAUGAGUCACUGGCUGAGUGAGGAGGUGGUCAGCCCCCGCUGUGAGAGGCUUCAUUUCAUUCACAUCCGUUUGUGAAUGCCCACUUCUAAGCUAAUGGAUGCAAUGUUAAUGAGAGAAAAAAAGAGUGAAGAAUACUGAUAUUUCUGCUUAUUAAUGCCACUUUGAAGAGCUGUGGGGUCUGCCUAUCAGUGUCACCUUUGAGUUAAAGCAGAGACUGUUCGGGGGAGAAGCCAUGACAGAGAUUUUCAUAGCAGAUUCAGCCAGAAAAAAAAGCAGAUUAUGGGUAAGAGUGACAAGACUACUUGACAGAAAAUAAAUCUGUUUCAUGAUAUCCUCGAUCAUUCAAAUGUAAGAUGUAGAGAAAAAAAGGUGAACGCCAGCCACUGUAAUGCAGCAUGAUACAUUUUUGCUGGUAACCUGGUUUGUCAUGUUUGUUUCUUUUUGGUUAGUGGUUACUUUCAUGGUCAAUAUUUGACGAACUAAAUGCAAAUAUCUACAGGUCCUUCCCAUUAACUGUUGAGUGAUAUAUAACCACCGCCUCCUCUG